AUGCCAAAAUCAUAUUCAGAUAUAGACGAUUUUUCAGAUCAAGAAUUAUUAAACUCUGACCUUAGAUUUCUACCAUCAUCAUCACCACAAUACAAGCAAAAUUAUUAUGAAGAAGAUCUUUCGUCUUUGCCACCAUUACCUGAUGAAGACGAUGUAGAUGAACUGAAAGAACUAGAAGAGGAACAGCAACAUCCAUCUCAUCAUCAUGUUAUAAAAUGGCAUCCUAUCAUUACUACAAUAGUUAAACUCAUCAAUAAUUUAAUCUUACUUCCUAUUUUUCGGGUCUUAUUUGCACCCUAUGCACAGCAAACUGUAGUUCAAAGCCUUGUAUUAGCCUUUGGAAUUGCAUGGAUUCUUUUAACAAGCUUUACAGCUUAUUUAACUUUUUAUCAACGUUAUAUACCCCAACUAGCUCAUAUUGAGCCUAUUUACUUUCAAUAUCCAGAUGCUAGUUUUCAUACUCCACAAGGCCAUGUUCAUUUUGUAGAUUCUCGCCAUCAAUCAGUAGAAACGCUUUUAAGAGAUGAACAAGCCUAUGAUAUCUCAAUUCAACUUCAUGUACCUACCUCAGAUAUCAAUUUCAAUUUAGGAAACUUUAUGGUAUAUGCACAAUUACAAACACUUGAUGGUACCGUAUUGAUUGAAUCUAGUAGACCUGCUAUUCUUCGAUAUCAAUCUUAUUCUCAACGAAUACUUCGUGUAUUAGCAAAAUCAAUUCCCUUAUUAAUCGGUUGGACAGAUGAAAGCCAACAUAUUCACAUUCCUUUAAUCGAAAGCUAUAUCGAGAAAAAAGCAACUCCAAUCACUCAAGCUCAUGUUACACUUUCAACUCCAAAAUUACAAGUUUACAAUGCUCAAAUAAGUGUUAUAGCUGAUUUUCAUGGUUUAAGAUAUUAUAUGUACCACAGAAGAAUCUUAACUGCUAUCAUCUUUAUUGUUCUAUUCACUCUACUUGAAGCCAUUUUUGCAAUAGGUGCUUGGAAUGUGUUUGGGAAAAAGCUGUGGUAUAAAUUGAAUAAAGUACUACUUCCAACAAAUGAAUUUGUUACUGUACCAAUAAUUGAAGAAGAAGAUGAUGAUGACGACGAUGAUAACUAUUUGACUGAAGAUUAAGAUAUUUAUGAUAUGAAACUUAUUUAUAUAAUAAACUUAUAGUACUACUAUUACCCACUUUUUUUUAAAAAAAA